GCUGAGGUUUUCCAGCUCUAUGUCGUCCUUUCUCAGAUCCCAGGUGAAGCGACUCUGCAGCUGCAGAAGUCUGGAGUGUAGAGCGCUGCGAGAAUCACUGCGAGAGAGUCGUGAAGAGAAGCUGACCACCAGUGAAGAACCACACAGGAGAACAUGUCUCCAGUCCGUCCUCAGGACUCAUCCCCUCAGCACAGACAGGACUCCACAGCUUCAUACAGAUCGACCUCUGACAUGUGACCAGCACAGACCCUGGAGACCUGGAGACCAGCAGGGAAGUGGAGGAGGCGCUUUCUCUCCUUAUAAGGGCAUGUGGGUGUGGAGCAGAGGUUGUGGGCGGGGCCAGAGCUGAUCUGAUAGAAGAGCAGCUGUGAUGAUGAAACUCACCCAUUUAGCUGCGACUCUCAGACUGAACAUACCAUGGAUCUCUCUGAUGGCAGGAUGUUGCUGCAGCCUCUCUGGACCUUCCUCCUGGGACACUCCUCCCUCCUGCGCUCGCCGUUCUUCCCCGUCUUCUUCUCCGUCUCCGUCUACCUGUCCUUCUGCCUGCCCUUCCUGCUGCUGGACUUGCUGUCCUCCAGGUGGGCCCUGGUGCGCAGGUACAAGCUGCAGCCUCAGAGCUCCGUUAGCUGGGCCUCAGUGCAGAGCUGCCUGACUCUGACACUUUACAACCACCUGGUCUUCAUCUUCCCGCUGACCGUGAUGCACUGGUACCUGAGGCCAGUCCACCUGCCCGAGGAGGCCCCGCACCUCCCCCGCCUGCUGGCUCAGGUGCUGGUCUGCCUGCUGCUCUUCGACUUCCAGAGCUUCAUCUGGCACCUGCUGCACCACAGAGUCCCCUGGCUGUACCGCACCUUCCACAAGGUGCACCACACCUUCACUUCCACCUCCGCCCUGACCACUGAGUACUCCGGGGCCUGGGAGACUCUCUGCCUGGGCUUCUUUGCUGCCGCCAACCCCCUCCUGCUGGGCGCCCACCCCCUCACCGAGCUGGCCUUCUUCCUGCUCAACAUCUGGCUGUCGGUGGAGGACCACUGCGGCUACGACCUGCCCUGGGCCACCCACCGUCUGGUGCCGCUGGGGCUGUACGGGGGUGCCCGCCACCAUGACCUCCACCACCUCAAGUCCAAGUGCAACUACGCCCCCUACUUCACCCACUGGGACCGGCUGGCCGGGACACUGUGCACGGAACAAUGAGCGGUGAAGGACCAGAUUCUGGACUGAAAGUCCUGGACACUUUUAUUUACACUUGUUAAUAUCUAUUUAUUUACGCGUGUAUUUAUUUAUGAAAAUGUAGCAGUUUUAAAUGUUUCAUUAUUAUAUAACUUAUAAUAUAACUUAUUAUAUAAGUUUUAUUUACUUAAAACAAGAAGGAGACGAAUCAUUUUGAUCAAAGGAAACAUGUUCCAUGUGGAAACAGGAGAUAUAUACAUAUAGAAACUGUAUAUAUUUAUAUACUGUAUAUACAGAGAGACUGAAUCAUUGCACUAUGACAGAACCAGAACUGCAGGAAAACUUGUUUUGCAGUGCAUUAUGGGUAUUAAUUAAUGUUAUUGAAACAUGUUCUGGUGCAGCUGAGUCGUUAAAGAAAUCUUUAACGCGACAGAAGAAAUGUUCAUAUUGAACAAACCUGCUGAAUCUUCUGUAUUCAAAUAUUAAUGAAAUGUUGUAAUAAGCUACAGGUCAGUGAUUCUGUUCCAGAGUCAGAGGAUCGGCUUCAUUUAAGGUGGAACACAGGAAGUGAGAUGAGAGAGGUGAUGAGGAUGAAGCAGGUGAUGAGGAUGAGGCAGGUGAUGAAGAUGAGGCAGGUGAUGAAGAUGAGGCAGCUGAUAAGGAUGAGGCGGGUGAUGAAGAUGAGGCAGGUGAUGAAGAUGAUGCAGGUGAUGAGGAUGAGGCAGCUGAUAAGGAUGAGGCAGGUGAUGAAGAUGAGGCAGCCGAUAAGGAUGAGGCAGGCGAUGAGGAUGAGGCAGGUGAUGAAGAUGAGGCAGGUGAUGAAGAUGAGGCAGGUGAUGAACAUGAGGCAGGUGAUGAAGAUGAAGCAGGUGAUGAGGAUGAGGCAGGUGAUGAGGAUGAGGCAGGUGAUGAAGAUGAGGCAGGCGAUGAAGAUGAGGCAGCCGAUAAGGAUGAGGCAGGCGAUGAGGAUGAGGCAGGUGAUGAAGAUGUAACUGAAUACAAACAGUAUUGUGUGAAGUGACAGUCUGUGUCACCGACCAGUGAAUAAACUUGUAACAGACA